UAAGGUGAAGGGUAUGUUUUAAUAUGAUGGUGCCAUCUGUGAAGUUCAAUAACGGUAAUCUCUGCCCUAUUUUGGGUCUGGGUACUUGGAAGUCUAAGCCCAAUGAAGUGACCCAAGCAGUGAAAGAUGCCAUCGACAUUGGAUACCGUCAUUUAGAUUGCGCUCUAUUUUACGAAAAUGAAAAAGAAGUCGGAGAAGCGAUCGCGGCGAAAAUCAAGGAAGGUGUUAUAAAACGCGAGGAUCUUUUUGUCACGAGCAAAUUGUGGAGCACGUAUCAUAAACCUGAAUUGGUCGCAACUGGGUUGCAGACCACUUUAAAUAAUCUUGGACUAGAGUACCUUGACCUUUACCUAAUGCAUUCACCAGUAGGGUUCCUACCUGGAAAAGCACUAGUUCCCAAGGAUGCUGAAGGUAAUAUACUAACCGACGAUACCGAUUACGUCGAUACUUGGCACGAGAUGGAAAAGCUUUUAAAAAAGGGUUUAGUGAAGAACAUUGGCAUCAGCAAUUUUAACAUUGAGCAAAUAGAACGAUUAUUACAGAAGAGCACGAUUAAACCAGUGACAAAUCAGGUCGAAUGCCAUCCCUAUUUAACUAUAAAGAAGUUUUCUGAAUUGAACAAUUCCAAAGGGAUCACUAUCACCGCUUACAGUCCUUUUGCGGCUCCAGACAGGUCUUCCGGCGAUCCUAACGAAAUUGUGAUUCCCAAGUCGGUAACAAAAUCAAGGAUCCAAGAAAACUUCGACAUUUUCGAUUUCGAAUUAAGUCCCAAAGAUAUGGAGGCAGUAGAUAAUCUGAAUCGUAAUAGAAGAGUUUGCUUCAAACGGUCUGGAACGAUACAAAAUCACAAAUACUUCCCUUAUAAAACAGAAGAUUAAGAUUGUGUAAAAAGAAACAGGAU